GAGUCAAAGAAAACCAUACUUAGGACAUUCCCCUUCUUGAACAAAACUGCAAUUUGCAAAAUCAUCAGUGACAGCUAAUGGUGACUGGUGAUUCGGUCCUGGUGAUUUGGGCCAAAUUCCAGAAGCCAAUGUAUAUUCAGAAGGGGCAGGGAGAAGAUGUGCAUCUAUCACUACACCUAGGAGCCCUGGCAUAUAAACAAGAGGUGAGUUGUCAGUUUUGCCCAAUUCCAGACCUAGCACUUUCCAAACAAACUGAGACCAUGGCAGUUCUCCACGCCAUACUGCUGCGGCCACUGGGGCCGUUUCUGUGCCUCAGUCUCCAGCUUUCUUCUGCCAUCUUCAUGAGGUUCAGUAACAACUGCUUCACCUUCAAUGACUACUACACCGUCACCCUAGGCAUCAAGGCCAGUUCGUAUAUCUACGAGAGCAACACAGUCUAUUCUGUAUUCGUCCCUGUGGAUGACCGCAUCUACGCUGUGGUCAUGAAAGCCCUGAACAAGAAGGGUGACUCAGUGGGCCUCUGGCGAAGAGCAGAUGAAAACUGCCGCAGCAACGCCACGUACUACAUGAAAUAUCAAUACGUGACAGUCUUAGAGGCACAGUGGCAAUCUCCUGAAUCUGAGAACAUAACGGAAGUGGAGAUACAAGCUUUCACUGUCACUGCUGAGACCAGAGCCCUGCCUAUUCUUUCUACUCUGAAACUGACAGGAAAAGUGUCAAUCGUACCCUUACCUGCCAAGAUUCUCCAGAGCUCAGUCUUCAAGCCUUUCUCUGUGAUUAUACCCGAGAAUAUCGGAAUCAACAGCCUGGCCAACCGAGUCUUCAGCAGCCCCAUCACAGAUGCCAUUGAUAUCCUGCUUGCUUUUCUCAUCAGCAAACUUCUCUUCUAAAGGGAAUAGUUUCCCUUUAGAAACAACUGUUUCUGCCUCCACUGCAUUCUCUUACAUUCAGUUCCAAGCAGGUGCUGGGAUAUGUGUGUUAUGAAGGCUUUACAUUCUCAAAUGUGCAA